AGUGCUGUAUGAAUGUUAGCUAUUAUUAUUAUCACUGCCUAGAGGGAGACUUCAGCUUCUCCCCCCCCACACACACAGUGGAGCCUCCUUGUCACCCUUCAUAUAUCCCCUUAGUCAGUCCAGUGGGCCGGGUGGGUGGAUUAGCCAUGAUUUCCUAUUAUCUUUACCUGUUACUGCCCUCAUUAGUAGAAAUGAUUGAGAAAUGACCAACAGGUCCCCUUGUAAACAUCAAGUCGAUAUUGAUGUUAUGAAACUUUUAAAUAUGCUGUUUUAUUUGUAAAACACCUAAAUUGGCACUUGCUGAGUUAUUAAAUACAUAACCUAGUGCUACAAAAACUAGAAUGAAACGUUCUUAGAAAAGGACAGAUAUUUACUUGAAGUGAUUCCUUAUAGUCUGUUCUUUUGCUAUUGCAUGCUUUGAUAAUGUCUUGGCCCCAUCACCAAUUAAAUAAAUAGCUUUAGGGAAGGACCUGACCUAGUAUAGUUUGCCUGACCAGACACAAGGAGUAUAUGAAAGAGACUUUUUGUUUUUUGUUCCUUUCAGUAUGGCACCAAGAGACACUUUUGUAAAGAUGUGGAAGGGAGUAUAGUAAAAUAUCAUCCGCUGUCUUAUGAAUUAAUAACAAUCUUGAAAAGAUGCCAAAGCUGCAAGGAUUUGAGUUCUGGAGACAUACUUUGCAAGGGGCACAUUAUGUAGUUGCCCCCAUGGUAGAUCAAAGUGAACUGGCUUGGAGACUAUUGAGCCGUCGCCAUGGAGCUCAGUUGUGCUACACACCUAUGUUACAUGCUCAGGUGUUUGUUCGAGAUGCCAACUAUCGAAAGGAGAAUCUGUACUGCGAUGUGUGUCCUGAGGAUCGCCCCCUUAUUGUACAGUUCUGUGCCAAUGAUCCAGAGGUGUUUGUCAAGGCUGCUCUCCUGGCUCAAGAUUAUUGCGAUGCCAUAGAUCUGAAUUUGGGCUGUCCUCAAAUGAUCGCCAAGAGAGGUCAUUAUGGAGCCUUCUUACAAGAAGAGUGGGAUCUGCUCCAGAGAAUGAUUCUGUUGGCACAUGAGAAACUCUCUGUUCCUGUCACCUGCAAAAUCCGUGUCUUCCCAGAAAUUGACAAGACUGUGAAAUAUGCUCAGUUGCUGGAGAAAGCUGGCUGCCAGUUAUUAACUGUUCAUGGACGUACCAAGGAACAGAAGGGUCCACUAUCUGGAACUGCAUCCUGGGAACACAUAAAGGCCGUGCGGAAGGCAGUGAACAUCCCUGUAUUUGCAAAUGGAAACAUCCAGUACCUCCAUGAUGUAGAAAAGUGCAUUCAGGAAACAGGGGUGCAUGGGGUAAUGAGUGCAGAGGGUAACCUACACAAUCCAGCCUUGUUUGAGGGCCGAAACCCACUGGUGUGGGAGAUGGCCGAGGAAUACCUGGAGAUUGUUCAGCAGUACCCCUGCCCCCUGUCCUACGUUCGGGCUCACCUCUUCAAGCUGUGGCAUCACACGCUACAGAUACAUCAACAACUUAGGGAAGAACUGGCUAAAGUGAAGACCUUGGAAGGGAUUGCUGGUGUUAGCAGAGAGCUGAAGCUACGUUGUCAGGAGGAAAUGGCCAAUCAGAAGGAAGGAGAGAAGCCCAAGGGAGGAUUGCCUUUCUUUCAUUGGAUCUGUCAACCGUAUGUCCGACCUGGGCCUAAAGAGGUGAGCAAGGAGAAUGGCAGCACUGAUCGCAGCACACCGGGAAAGCGAGCCUUGGAGGAAGAGGAGGAUGGCAGUUCGGACUUUCUCUCGAAGAACAAGCAGAAAAAGAAACUGAGGAACCCAAACAAAAACUUUGACCCUUCCUUGAAACCGAAAUAUGCAAAGUGUGACCAGUGUGGAAACCCAAAGGGCAAUAAAUGUGUUUUUAACCUGUGCCGGGGCUGCUGCAAGAAAAGAGCUUUCAAAGAAACUGCAGAUUGUCCGGGUCAUGGAUUGCUUUUUAAAACCAAAUCAGAGAAGUCCCUUGCAUGGAAGGGUGGCCAGCCCAGCUUGCAGGAACCGCAGUCCAGGGAUCCAGGAGUGAAGGAACCUGGUGGAUUCCCAGAAGUUAUGGGUAGUGUAGGAUGAAGGGCCAGCCGGAACCCAGUACAUCCCCUCCUCCCAUUCCUGGGCCUCUGUACCAGUGCCACUGCCUUGAUAAUGGUAUCAGGGCUGCUGCUGCUGCUGAAUUCAAGAUAAGUCUUAUUUAAAUCAACACCUUUACUCAGGGAAAUCUCCUGUUAUUUUAACACAGAAGGAAAUGCUGUAUGGUCCUCUCACUACAGGGCCCAAAUUGGGGCCUCUAGUAAUGCUGCAUUGGAGAGCAGGUUCCCAGGCUGGACCUGCCUGCCCACUGUCCUCAUUAACCCCUCUGUGUUUUAAAAACUGAAAAAAUAAAUAAUCAUUUUACAUCAUA